CUUGUUUCUUUUGUUUUGUCGAGAAACCUGUAUGUGUUUUUCGGUGAUCCUAGGGACUAAUCGUUAUACGUUCCGAAGCUAUUUUGAAGUAUUUUCGUUCAACAGGAUAUUGUUAACAGUGAAAAUUACGGCGCGAGACAGCACAAAUUCUCAGAGAACAAUGAGCUUCCCUGAGAAACAAGACAGCAUAUCCAAGGAUGAGUGGGUGGCAAGGCUGAAAGAAGGAUUUCACAUGCAACGAGUGUCGAUGAACAACUUGAUCAUGAAUUAUCUCGUGACAGAAGGAUUCAAGGAAGCUGCUGAGAAAUUCCAACAAGAAUCCGGAGUGGGUCCUACAGUUGAGUUGAGCUCUUUGGAUGAUAGAAUUCGUAUCAGAGACGCCAUACAAAAUGGUCGUAUUCAAGAAGCUACAGAUUUGGUGAAUCAGCUGCACCCUGAACUGUUGGAUAACGACAGAUAUCUUUAUUUUCACUUGCAACAAUUGCAUUUGAUUGAACUGAUUCGUACAGGUAGAAUUGAAGAGGCGCUUCAGUUUGCUCAAGAUAAGCUGAGCGAAGCUGGAGAGUCGGAUGACAAUAUAUUAUGCGAGUUGGAACGUACUUUGGCAUUAUUGGCUUUCGACGAGCCACAUAAGAGCCCAUUUAGCGAUCUCUUGCAUCCUACACACAGACAAAAAAUAGCAAGCGAAUUAAAUGCAGCUAUAUUGAAAAUGGAGCACAGAGAAUCGACUAGUCCACGACUUAAUAAUCUACUGAAGAUGAUAUUAUGGGCUCAAGAUGAAUUAGACAAGAAGAAAGUAAAAUAUCCCAAGAUGACUGACUUAGGUAGUGCGACGAUUGAAAAUACGAAAUAAUUUCGUCAUAAUUAUUAUUAUCAGUGACUGGAAUUACUUUGCAUUAUGUUGGAUUUCUUCGUAAGAUAAACAGAUGUGAUUGUAUCAUCAGCGUUUGCCACAUAAAAGAAGUAGAGCUUGAAAGAUUAACUUUGAAAGGUGAUCCGGAUGAGAAUAGGUGUCCAUAGAAUUGUCCAAAUUUUCAUCUUAUGACUUAGAGGAGAGAUAUAUAUAUAUAUAAAAAAAAAACUAUUGUCAAUGCACUAAUUAUAAUAACAGUGUAGCCGCAAUGUGGUGUUAUGGUUACACGUGGACACGGUAUCAUUACUAUCGGUAAAUACAAAAAGUAAGAAUUAUUGUGAUAUUUUCCACUCAUUUUUGCAAAAUUCAAUGAUAACAAUGUAGAAAAACUUUGUAUAGAUAUCUUCAGGUUUUUACACGAUUAAUAUAUUAUAUGCUAGCGAUUGAUAUAUAUGUACAAUAUAGAGUAGGAGAGAUAUAUUCAGUUCUAGUUGAA